UUCAUGCCUUUUCAGAUGUUUCGGUUGCCCAGGCCAUCCUCCUGUAGGGGGUGGUCAGCAGGCCCUGCAGGGACAGUCACUUUCUGCUUGAGCUCAGCCAAGGCAUCAGACAGCAGCCCCAGGUGUCAUGGACUGGAAGCCCACAGUAAGUCCAGGCACAGUGACUUUGUUGGGAGGGUGAGUAGUUUCUUUCUUUAUUCAGUGUGAGUUCUCUCCCUACAUUCCUUUUCUUCCUCCUUCACUACCUUUCUAUCACCCUCAUUCACUCUCCUUUCACAAUCCCCCUCCCUCUUCCUGUCUAUACUUCUCUUUCUUCUCCUCUCCCUGUCCGCACUGGGCUCUCCCCUCUCUGCACUCUCUAUCCCCCAGCCCCCUUCCCUCCUACCUUACUUCCUCCCCGUGACGUCACGCACACCAUGCCCAGCCCCUCUCUUUUGCCAUAGGCGGUUCCACGUACCGAGUCCUCCUGUAACCAUAGAGUCUUCCGCACAGAACGGUCUCUACCAUAGAAGUGCGCCAGUAAAUCCUUCAAGUCUUCCAAACCAUAGAGACGACGGAGCUAGAUAAUCCUUUCUAAUAGAACGACGCUCUGUUUUUUUCCUCUCUCUCGUUUCUGAGCCUGCGCAGUGGGUGGUGUGCGCCGAGUUUGGCGGGAAAAGACGUAAACAUGGCUGAUUCUGGGUGAGUUUACCUGUGUCUCAGGUGAGAGGCAAUUACAUGCUCUGUCUACGAGUUUAGUUUAAAACCCUUAGUUCCUUACGUUAUUCUGAAGUCUUAUUAUGCCUUGAAAUGUUUUGUAGUGUUAACGUUAUAUUUUAAAAUAUUCAGCUGGGAAAAUUAUAAUUUAUUUACCUGUAUAGUCACCAGAACAAUUACAGCUUAUUGAAUUUGUUCUGGUGAGUAGAAUCAUUACCGUUAGGCUUUUUGCUGUAAGCAGUGUCUUUUCAGAGAAAAUGCAGUGUUUACAUUACAGCCUAGUGAUAACUUCACUGGCCACUCCUCAGAUAGCUGUUAGAGAUCCUUCCUGCGUCAUGGCUGCCUAAAAUGCGUCCAAAAAUUCAGUGUCUCCUCCCUCUGCAUGCACACACUGAACUUUCCUCAUAUAGAUUAAUUGAUUCAAUUCAUCUCUAUGAGGAGAUGCUGAUUGGCCAGGGCUGUGUUUGAAUUGUGCUGGCUCUGCCCCUGAUCUUCCUCCUUGUCAGUCUCAGCCAAUCCUAUGGGGAAGCAUUGUGAUUGGAUCAGGCUACCACUUGUGAUGAUGUCAGCAGACUGGUUGUUUUCCUGAGUCACACAGCAUGCAGAGUUACAGCUUCAGGCUUGAAAACAGUAAGGUUUUGCUAUAUUUAUAGAGGCAUCAGGCUAGAUGGUGGUUUUAACACUAUAGGGUCAGGAAUACAGGUUUGUGUUCCUGACCCUAUAGUGAUCCUUUAAGUGACCUAAAAGUUUGCUAAUAGAAGAGGAGUAUAAAUUCCCUUUCUUUAGGGGACACAUAACCCUACAUGGAGACUUUUUUACAUCUUGAAGCAGCUCUUAAAUUAAUAUUAUUAUCAUCGCCGUUUAGUUUUACAAUAUUAUGAUAGGGGGGUUUAACUAUAAAUAGGACAAUUACAAGAAAAAGUACAGAAAUGAUAGGUUGAAGAGGACCCUGCUCAAACGAGCUUACAGUCUAUAGGAUCAUACAUUGUUAGAGUAUUUAAAGGGACACUAUAGUCACCAAAACAACUUAUGCUUAAAGUGACUCUACUGGCCAAAUACUAAAUUAAUAAAAAUCACAGUUUAGUAGAUAUUCCCCAAAUGAAAACUCUUGUGCUUUUUACUUUUACAUUUUUUAUUUUUCAUUGGGGUGUGUGUAUGUAUAUGUGUGUAUAUAUAUAUAUGUGUAUAUAUAUAUGUGUAUAUAUAUAUAUAUAUAUAUAUAUAUAUAUAUAUAUAAAUAAUUUGGGGGUCUAGCCAACUCCUUGGUUUUGCACCCCUCCCUGUCACAGGUGCCUCAUCCCAGGGCCCUAUUUAGCCUUGUAUACUCCUCCAUAUGGGCUGAAUCCAGAAGCGACGGUUGGGUACUGGAUAUUAACCCCUUAAGGACCAAACUUCUGGAAUAAAAGGGAAUCAUGACAUGUCACACAUGUCAUGUGUCCUUAAGGGUUUAAUCGGAGAGGAUAACAACUAGAAUUUUUCGAGCAUCCUCCCAACAGGUCUUUUCAACUCACAAAGUGGCCAGGGGACAAAGAGAAGCGCAUGGCCCUACGGAACUUCAUUUUAUCCCUACAAGCAGAGAAAGUUACCAUAAAGGUGCCAACAGGUACUCGCACAUCUUCCUAACGAAAAAAUCCUCAGGAUGAUGGAGACCCAUUCUAGAUCUGCACAGAUUAAACAGGCAUCUACACAUUCGCAGAUUCAAGAUGGAAUCCCUGCAGUCUAUAAUAAAAGUAGUGUCACCCAACCAGUGGAUGUUGUUUAUAUAUCUAUUAGACGCCUACUUUCACAUACCCAUUGCACAGUC